GUGACGGAUGACGAGAAGAAAGUAGGAGUCUGCUUUAACAGCAACAAGGGGGAAAGGAGCAGAAAAAUACUUGAACUACACUCACAGGAGCACUGGUGGAGAAAAGUGUUGCUGAGUCCAUGCACUGUAAAGAUGGGAACACUGGUCGAACCAGUGCUGCUGCUACUUGUAUGGCACGGUGUUUGGGCGUUGGACGUCCCUCUGGAAGGUGUGCAGCCCCCAACCAUCAUAAAGCAGUCAAUGAAGGAGCACAUUGUUGACCCCAAAGACACCAUGAUCAUAGAAUGCGAAGCCAAAGGAAACCCCCACCCCAUUUUCUCGUGGAGGCGUAAUGGGAAGUAUUACAACGUCGCACGUGACCCUCAAGCAUCGAUGCGCAGGCGCUCGGGGACGCUGGACAUCUACGCCUGGAACAAUCCAGAACAGUACGAGGCGGAGUAUCAGUGCAUUGCCUCUAAUGAGUAUGGAUCCGCAUACUCCAACAAGAUCAGACUACGACUGUACAGAGCUCCUGUGUGGCCCAGGGAGAUCCUGGAGCCUGUGGUGAUCAGUGCCGGCUUGCCUCUGGUCCUGUCCUGCGACCCCCCACCCGGCCCACCCAGACCUGAAACCUAUUGGAUGACAAGCUCUUUCCCCACAAUGCAGCCUGUGCGGCAGGACCGCAGGGUAUCCAUGGGAGUCAAUGGAGAUCUGUACUUCUCUAACGUCCUGUACAACGACUCUGCUGCUGAUUACUGCUGCAAUGCCCGCUUCCCCUACAAGAACGUCAUCCAGCAGAAGAUGCCCGUGGUCGUUAAAGUGCUCACGACUCGUACAGUGGCCGAGGCUGCCCCCACCUGGCUGUCUCCCACGGGCUCGUCCAGCUCCAUCCUGGUCCUGCAAGGGGAAGAGCUGCUCCUGGAGUGCAUCGCUGCAGGAGUGCCAACUCCUCAUAUCACGUGGACCAAGGAUGGCGAGGACCUGGUGGUGAGGUCGCCCAUGAAAGUAAAGAACUUCAACAAGAUGAUUCAGAUCCCAAAGGCUUCUUUCGAUGAUGCCGGUGAAUACGUCUGCACCGCCACCAAUAAGAUCAGAUACAUUGAGCACACAAUAACCGUUAGGGUCAAAGCGGCGCCAUUCUGGUUGGAGAAGCCCACUAAUUUGGUUUUGGCCCCUGAGGAAACUGGACGCCUGGUGUGCCGUGCUGACGGGGCUCCUCGUCCCACAAUCAGCUGGUUCAUCAACGGGGAACCAAUUGAAACUGCUACACCGCAGCCUAACAGACAGGUGUCAGGUGACACACUGACUUUACGCAGUGUGACUGCUAUGAACAACGGCGUCUACCAGUGCAACGCUUCCAACCAGUUUGGGUACUUACUGGCCAAUGCUUUUGUGAACGUGUUACAUGCCACUCCACGUAUUCUGGGGCCCAGGAGUGAACUCGUGAAGGUGACAGAGGGAAGUCAUACCUUCUUAGACUGCCGCUACUUUGGCUCCCCGGUGCCUGAGCUGCGAUGGUCCAAAUAUGGACAGGGGAAUCUUGAAGGAAAUCGUUUUAAGACCCACAGUAACGGGACUCUGGAGAUAAAACGCAUACGGAUUGAGGACCAGGGGACUUACCUGUGCAUAGUCAGCAACGUCGCAGGAAGGGACGAGAGCCAAGUCCGAAUAGAGGUCAAAGAGCCCACGUUAAUCGUCACACGACCACAGAGUAUGAAAGUCAUCCGUGGAACCGACGUGCGCUUCGAGUGUGGCGUGAAAGCAGAUCCUACGACUCCCGUCACAACCACCUGGAUGAAAGGCAACAAGCUGGUCACUCUUGGCUGGAGAAUCUCUCUGGACGAAUCAAAUCUGUUCAUCACUAAUGUAAACAGAGGCGAUGAGGGCAAUUACACCUGUGUCAUCAAGAGUGAGCUGGACCAGAAGUCUGCCUCGGCACGCCUAAUGGUGAUGGACCGCCCAGAUCCUCCCACGAACCUGGAGCUGUCAGAUCCAUAUGAGCGUAGUGUAAGACUCAGCUGGGUCCCUGGAGACAGCAACCACAAUCCCACUACAGAAUACUUAGUGCAGUAUGAUGAUGAUGAUUGGUUGCCUGGGAAGUGGAAAAACCUUUCAACGUACCCCGGGAACCUCAACUCCGUCGUUCUGCAUCUAACACCCUUCACCUACUACGAGUUCCGGGUCAUCGCCAUCAACGAAAUCGGAAUGAGUCGCCCCAGUCGGCCAUCUAUGCGCUUCCAGAGCAGCGGUGCUCCCCCAGACGUCAUCCCAAAGAACGUGAAGGGUGUGGGUACAUGGAGGAAUAACAUGGAGAUCAGCUGGGAGCCUCUGGCCUACAGAGAGUGGAACGGGCCUCACCUGAAGUACCUGGUGUGGUGGAGAAGGAGAGAUUCCCGAGAGGAGUGGAAGAACGCGACCACUAAAUGGCUGAAAUACUACAUCUACGAUGCCGAUACCUUCACUCCGUAUGAGAUCAAAGUCCAGGCCGUCAACGACUUCGGGCUGGGUCCAGAGUCUCCUGUUGUCACUGGCUACUCUGGAGAAGACCUACCAUCUGCUCCCAAAUCCUUCAGGAUCCAGCAGCGACAUCUGGACAGUAUUUAUGUCGACUGGGACCUGCCAGCAGAGCCCAACGGUAUCAUUACCGGAUAUUCCCUCAAGUACCAGACAGUGAAUGCCACCAGAGGAGAGGAGCUGCGAGUUGAGGAGUUCCCUCCAAACGUAACAAGCUUCUCCGUGCGCCGAUUCGACCGCUACACUCGGUACAGGUUCUCCGUGGCGGCGCGAACUGGGAUCGGGAUAGGGGAAUGGCACACGGAGGAGUCACCCCACUACACCACUGAGAUUUAUGCUCAGGACCAGGUGGACAUCUCCACUCAGGGCUGGUUCAUCGGGAUUAUGUGUGCCGUGGCCCUCAUCGUGCUCAUCCUCCUCAUCGUGUGCUUCAUCAAGAGGAGCCGUGGGGGGAAAUAUCCCGUGCGGGAAAAAAAAGACAUUUCGUUGGAGCCGGUGGACGACAAAGAUCAGGAGGGAUCAUUUGACUACAGGUCUCUUGAAAGCGAGGAGGAAAGAGGGCUUCAAAGGGGCCAGCCAUCUAUGGAGGCAAUGAUGAAGCGAUCAGACAGUGACGACAGUCUGGUGGACUAUGGUGAAGGGGGAGAGAUACCGUUCAACGAGGACGGCUCCUUCAUCGGCCAGUACACCGGAACCAGGAGAGAUGUCCGAGAGCUGGACUUUGGUGGAGGUCUGGAGCUCCACUCUCCAAUGAAUACCAUCUACUCCCUGGCAUGAAGCUCAAAAUUCAAACCGCCACCUUGACUGCAGCUCAACUGUUUGCCAUGUGACGUCACCGUGCUUGUACCGUCCACCUUAAUUUGAGAACUCGUGGUGCUUGAGGUUUGUCUGCAGGAGGGAACGGCUGGAGCCUGAGGUGCUGUUACCCUCUGUGUCUUUGCAGGCAAAGCAACUUUCAUGCAUUUAAAGAGGAAAAUGGUGGAACAGUACCAGAUGUGAGAUGCUUAUUCAUCUGAUGAAAGGCAAGCUUUACCCUUUAUGUUUUCAUAUUGCAUUUCCUGUAAAUAAAAGUGCUGUGUGUUUGUGUGCGUGCAUAGGUAUAGGUACACGCACAUGUUCAAUUAUCCUGUCAAUGGAGAGAGGCUGCACAUCAGACAAGACAGAAGUGGGUCAGUUUAUCAUGUUGAUAAAAGCGGUUGCAAGGACCAACUAAACUACUGUUAUUACAUCCUUUUCUUUCAGCUAAUUGCAACAAUAUGAUUAGUGUUAUUUUUGCAUGUUGGCUUUUUGAAAUAAGGGCUGCAUACCAUAUUUCCACUAUCAGGGGAGCCACUAUGUAAUCCCUCCUCUUUGUUUUAUGCACAAGUCUUGAAGGCACAAAGGGAGUAUAAAAGUGCUUUUGGUGAUAAGUGACGGAUAAUAAAGUAUCUCCAGGGACUAAUGAUUCAUCUGCAUGGUCAGGUUGUGCUCUGACGGGAGCCAAAAGAGCAAACCAUUUGAGAAUUCAGCAAGCAGCCGUAAACCAGGUGUAAAAUCAGAAAUUGCUCAUGUUUCUCAAUGAAUUUGCCUUAACUGUCUCCUUGUUUCACUCACUAUGGAGACGGAUAAAAAUCAUUAAUCUUGAUCUAACAGCCUUAGUG